UUAAUCUUGGCUCAGUGCACGAGCGCGUUUGACAGACAGAAGAUGCAUUUUGACGAGCUUCUCGGGGUCUUGGGAGAAUUUGGACCGUAUCAAAAAUUCGUCUACUUUCUCGUUUGCCUGCCAUCUAUUAUAGCGGCGUUUCAUAUGGUAAAUUCUGUGUUUCUGUUAGGAAUUCCAAAACACAGAUGCAAGUUGCCGAAUUAUCCAAAUGACACCUUCCUCAGUCAAGGAGCGGUCCAUGAUGACCUAGUUAAGGCCUUCAUUCCCACAGAGCUCAGUGCGGACAAUGAGGUCAUCUACAAACAGUGUUACGUCUUCUCCACCCCCGCGUCUGUCAAUGUCACAGGCGGACCAGAGCAAAGCUGCAGCGACUGGGUCUAUGACAAGACGGUGUACGAAAACACGUUCGCGUCAGAGCAAAAUCUAAUUUGUGGCAAGGCAAUAUGGGCGUCAAAUGCAAAGAUGAUUUUCUUCGCUGGUGUGUUUGUGGGUGCACUUCUGCUCGGGGCGUUAUCGGACAAGAUAGGGCGGAAGAAGACGCUGAUCCUAUCUGUCCUGGGUCUGCUGGCCUCCAGCCUCGCCGUGGCAUGGGCAGAAAAUUUCUACCUGUUCUGUGUACUCAGGUUUAUCGUCGGAUUCUGCUGUGCCGGAACCUUCAUGUCGGCAUUUGUCCUGGGUAUGGAGAUUGUGGGCCCCUCUAAGCGGCUGUGGGCCGGUGUGGUGAUAGAGUAUUUCUUUGCCCUGGGACUAGUGCUUCUGUGUCUCGUGGGGUACCUCGUCAGAGAGUGGAAGUACAACGAAAUCGUCCUGUCCGUACCCUCAGCCUUUAUACUGGUUUAUUGGUGGCUGCUGCCCGAAUCCCCUCGGUGGCUAAUCAACCGAGGCAAAUUCGAAGAAGCCAAGGUCAUCAUCCGUAAAAUCGCCAAACGAAACAAGGUCGAGGUCACAGAGAAACAGCUGGAUUCACUGGAGUGUGACGAAACAGCGACUGGUCAGCUCUGGCACUUGUUCACAUCCAGGGUGCUGUUUGUCCGUACAAUUGUCAUCUUCAUCAACUGGUGUGUUGUGAGCAUGGUAUAUUACGGAUUGUCUUUAAAUUCCGGAAGCCUGGCCGGCGACUUUUAUCUGAACUUUUUCCUGACCGGUCUGGUGGAAUUUCCGGCCUAUACUCUGUGCCUUGUGUUGCUAGAUCGAACCGGAAGGAAGAAACUUCACUGCGCGUGCAUGGUGCUAGGGGGACUAGCUUGCAUCAGUACCAUUUUUACAGUCCUGUAUCUAGAAAAACGUCAUCAAAUAUACUCCACCGUUAUCCUGGCUAUGCUGGGUAAGAUCGGCGCCGCCGCCGCCUUUGCCGUCAUUUAUGUAUGGUCGGCUGAGCUUUAUCCUACGGUGGUCCGGAAUGUCGGAAUGGGCGCCAGUUCCUCGUGUGCCCGUAUAGGAGGAAUGGUGUCUCCAUAUAUAGCAGAUCUGAGUACUUUAGUGGAUGGCCAUUUUGGACAAGCUCUACCGUUGGUUGUAUUUGGGGCUUCUUCCGUAAUUGCCGGACUACUAUCACUGAUUUUACCGGAAACACUAGGAGCCAACUUACCGGAAACCAUAGAGGAUGGCAAAGCAUUCCCAAAUCAUGAAAAAAAAUCUGCGAAAUACCAAGAGAACGGGUCCUCCAUCACUAUGAACAACGAAGCUUUUUCACCCGAGGAUUGCACGAAAUUUUAAAUAUACAGUAUAUACUUAAUGAUAAUCCAACUCAAAGUGAACUCAAGUUUUUUUUUAUAUAUAGACUUGCAUCUGUGAUUUUCAUGGCCCCGUUCGUAAUUCUUUGUUUGUAAUUCAUAUCACAUAUUUACUGGUAAAACCACUUGAAUAUAGUUUGAUUAUUCUGGGUGCAAAUAGCCUACUUACUACAUAUGUACAUGUAUAUGUAUUGUCAAUGUCAAUAAAAAUAAACAAAAUUAAUGGAAUAAG